UUGUGUUGCUAACAUAAUUUCUUUGUCUGAUCAGAGGCGAGUUAAGGCGAUUUUUCUUGUUGAACUUUGGCUUCUCCGGCUUCACUCUGGUUUGAGCUUUGGAAGUGAACAGACACACAAAUCAUGAGAGGCAUUAUCGCAUUUCUUACUCUGGCCCUUUUGGGCUACGUAUUGGGAGAAAAACCUUUGGUGCGAGUCCCUGUCACGAAAAUUCAAACCGCACGACGACAUUUUCAAGCGGUGGGAACGUCUUUGGAUAUUGUGAGGAAACGAUGGAACACCAAAGGACCCCAUCCGGAACCGCUUUCCAACUACCUUGAUGCGCAAUAUUUUGGAGCCAUUACUAUUGGAAAUCCACCCCAAAGCUUCAUGGUGGUUUUUGAUACUGGAUCAAGCAACUUGUGGGUUCCUAGCCGAAAAUGCCAUUACACCAAUAUUGCCUGCCUGCUCCAUAACAAAUACGAUGCUAAUGCCUCCAAGACUUACAAGAAGAACGGCAAGAAAUUCGCCAUUCAAUACGGAUCGGGCUCACUCUCCGGAUUCCUCUCUCAGGACACUGUCAAUGUCGGAGGCAUUGACGUUAAGAAUCAAGUUUUCGCCGAGGCUCUGAGCGAACCGGGUAUGGCUUUUGUGGCUGCCAAAUUUGACGGCAUCUUGGGUAUGGGUUAUCCCAACAUCGCGGUGAACAAAGUGACUCCCGUUUUCAACAACAUGGUUCAACAGGGCGAGGUUGAUGAUCCCAUCUUCAGCUUCUAUCUGAAUCGCAACCCCGAUGCGGAAGUUGGCGGAGAGAUCAUUUUGGGAGGAUCUGACCCCGACCAUUACGAGGCACCGUUUGCCUACGUCCCUGUCACCCGGAAAGGUUAUUGGCAAUUCAAAAUGGAUAGCGUUACUGUGGGAGGCACAUCGUUCUGCAAGAAGGGAUGCCAAGCUAUUGCCGAUACUGGUACCAGUUUGAUUGCCGGACCUUCGGAUGAAGUGACAAAGAUCAACAAGAUGUUGGGUGGAACUCCAGUCAUGGGCGGAGAGUACAUGAUUGAUUGUAAAAAGAUUGAUUCCCUGCCCAACAUUGAUUUCACUCUUGGAGGCAAGAAAUUCACUUUGACUGGAAAGGACUACGUGAUGCAAAUCAAAUCCAUGGGCAAGCUCAUUUGCUUGUCUGGUUUCAUGGGUCUGGAUGUGCCCCCACCAAUGGGACCUAUUUGGAUCUUGGGAGAUGUGUUCAUUGGAAGGUUCUACACCGAGUUUGAUAUGAAGAACGACCGAGUUGGAUUUGCGAAUGCCAAGUAAAAACAAAACGGAACUAAUUUUGAUGUGGAAUUGAAUGGAUUAUUUCUCCUUUUUCUGAUACCUAAAAUUCUCAGCGUGCUUUCUUUGAAUGCCUUAUAAAAUUACUCGAUGUUAUGUUGGGGCAAUAUUAUCCCACAAGCUUUA